AGGUAAUAAAGGUCUCGAAUGACUGACAAUUCUAAGAUGUCAAGAUGUUUGCUUAUACAGCUUGCUGUUAUGGCCGUGUGCACUGCAUAUCCGCAACUCUUCGAUACGGAGUAUGAUGAAUCAGCUCUGACGAGACAACUAGCGAAACGAGCCUUUGAUCGGCUCGAUGGAAACGAAUUCGGGCUCUUCAAGAGAUCCGUCAACAAGCGUGCAUUUGAUAGAUUAGAUAUGGCUGACUUCGGAUUCCGAAGAAAGCGCGGUUUUGACAGAAUAGCCAGGGCGGAGUUUGGUCUCACGGGACUUCGUCGCAAGCGGUCGUUCGACCGAUUAUUUCCCGAUGAGUACGGUCUCAGGGAAAAGCGAGCGCUUGAUCGUCUCGAUUCAUCCGAAUUCGGAUUGAUUAAGCGAUCUGUCGACUCUUACCCAGAUCGAGAGCGACUUAUCGAUGAUCUAGCAGACUCAAUCGUUCUCUUGCGCAACGGUCUGAAAUCUCAAGGAGCGACAUCAGACGUUUUGGAAGUACCUGUCACUACGGACGAAAGUCAAUAAGCUAGGCGUCACGAGAGAGUUUCUGUACGCAAGUCACCUAUUGCUCCGGCUACGAUCACUCUAUUUGCUUGUUAGCACCUUAGAUCAUCUUCAAGUCGUUGAAUCUCAGCUGUUCCACUUGUUCUCACUCGAUGAUCUCAUUUUACAGCGCGUCUCAUCAUAAUGCCCUUGGUUUCUCUUUUUGUGCAUACAUCUAUUUCAUCUUGUUUGUUCAUUCCCAUUCAUAUGUGAGAGCCAUUAAUGGUCAAUUAUCUACCACUGUAUUCGAACAGAGAACUUUGUAUUCGUAGCAAUCGUU